AUGUGGGAUGACGACGAUGAGCCCGCUCCGACACCCGUUAAUCGCAACGGUCUUCCCGGCAACCGGCCUCAACCGAUCCGACGCGGCCAACCACCUAUUCCUGUGAACAGGACACGUUCUGCUCAAGCUGCUCCAAGCGUCAAGGCAGCCAGCUCCAUUGGCUCCACCCAAUCUCCUCGUUCCGGGACAGAUGCGCAUCGAAACGUGGGCGCCAUGCUCCGGUCGAGGAUGAAGACAAAGAUGUUGGCUGAGGAGGUGAUAGAGAUAGAAACAGCACUUCAAAAUAUGCCUUCGUUUGCGGUACAUCUCGAGACGUAUAUUCAAUUGAAGUACAAACACCUGGAUGAUAUCAUUUCGGAAUUUGCAGCAAUUGUGCAGAGCUGCGAGGGUGAAUCUCAGGCCCUCACAUCUUUGUUCAACAAGCAAAUCGAUGACAUUAUCUCGCAAAUGACGAACUUAGUCCUUGAGGCUAAUAGCAUCACUCAAGCUUAUGUGUCUGAGUUUGACGACUUGGCAAAUUCUUUAAGACAGCGCUGGGGCGCCGUUGUCGCGAUAAACAACCAAAGGGUUUCUGAGGCAAACAACGUCACAAAAGAGCUUGAGGCCGAGCUUGAGGCAUUAUCUUGUUCUAUUCUGGAGAGACUCACCGCUGAGGUCUCGCUAAUAACACGUCAAGUCUCUGAAGCGGGAAACAUCACACGCAUUUACAUUGGCCAAGUCAAGGCUCUCUCGUCUUCCAUCAUAGGACUGGAUCACCUUGUAUCUUCGGUCUCAGAAUCGCGAAAAGAAAAUGCCAGAAUCGAUCAUGAAUUCUGCACCAUUGUUUUCGAGCCAAUACAACAUUGGAGACGCGAGCUCCGUGCAGCUGCUGUGUCGAGUCAUAUCUGGAGACGCCAAAUCCUUGCUUCUGAAAGAACACUACUAGCCCCUCGAGUCGAAAUCUCCGGGCUUUACAUCCGCUCAUUGCAGGAAACGAUCUACAAUGAAUACUUGAAACCCCGCAAAAUUGGGCGCUAUCUAAUAGAUCGCAUCAUUGCCCCAGUGGAGCAGACACGCGUUAGUUAUGCCGUAAUGCGGCAGAAAUUUCUUCGGGCGUUCGAUGGCUUUGCUCACAUCAUGUACCUUUGUGGCGAGCUCAGCCAAACAGAAGAGCUUACCACUGAUGCCAGGCUGCGAUUUGGCAGGUUCCAAAAAACCUUUGCAGUCGCGGACGACCUUAUGCGAACAAAAUCCCACCAUUAUCGUGCAUUGUGGCGCGAUCGACAAGUUGCUGCUCUUGGUUUCAGCCGCAUGCAAACAUGGACAUUAAACGACCUCGCAAAAAACACCUCAAAUAACUUUUCGAAAACCAUUUCCUCCAUCUUUCAGGGCUCAUACCAUAUUUUGGAAGCGGAUGAUGAAGUAAUACGGUCGCAGCUUCGCAAGACAUACCCUGCGCUUGAUCCUCGUCAUGUCCCACCAGCAUAUGACCCUCUUCUUAAUAUCUACUGGCGCCAGCUGGAUGUAGUUGCCCCAAUGGAGUUUGCUGACGUAUUGUCAUGGCGUCUCCAUGGUGAGGUUCAUUACCUCCGACGCAGUCUGAAUGGCGACUGUGGGACGUUGUGGACUUGGCUACCGCGAAAUACAUCCGUCACAGUUUCUCGUGCACUUCGAGUGUGGUCUUCCCAAUAUGCAACAUAUCGCAACGAGUUCCGAGCAGAUUAUCUUGAGUUCAAGUAUGUGAACUGGUUACGUCUGGUGAAGGAACGCAGUCUGCGGUCAAACCAUUCAUCAGGCUAUCUUGCCGGAAAAUUUGAGGUCCUUGAGCCGUUGAGCCAGUCCAGCGAUCGUUUCAACGAAUGGGUCGGACGCAUGGCUCGAGAACUUCAGGAUGGCUAUCUCGCCAACUCUGUUCGCAAGCUUACGCCAACUCAAUGGGACAAUCUUCAAGACGAGUAUAGUUCGCGACAAGUUGAUCAGUCGGUUCCUACGGAUCUUGGCUCUUCAUUGGUACGGCCCAAGCGAAGGAAAGGGACCAUUCGCUCCUCUCGGAAAACUGCUCCUCUGGCUCAGCCCAGGAAGAGCAAAUGGCGGCCGCUCUCUCUGAAUUCCAGAAAAGCACCCAUUUUCUCGACUCAGGCAACGCCAUGGAUCCUGCCUUUGACCGAGGCGCAAGUCACUCAAGAUAGAGGGUAUAGUACAUAUGCCAACUCUCGCGGUGUGGUUUCCGAAUACACUGGUGAUGUGAGCCGCAAAAGCAUGCCCGGGACGCAAUCAUUAGAAGAUGAAAUAACGCCGGUCACUUCCUCUGAAACUCAACGGUCUGCAGAAAGCGCUCCUAUCACUGAGCAGGCAGAAGACGAUAUGUUUGCAAACAAUUCUACAACCGACCCCGCGGCGCCUAUCUACUGGAGUCACAGCUCACAGCAAAGCCCUGCUGGAAACAAAAUCAUUGUUCAUUAUUGCCGGACGCUCCGCAGCACGGAGGAAAUUGUCCAGCUCUUUCUCACGAGCAAGGUCAUUGGCUUCGACAUGGAAUGGAAAUCCUCAGCAUCCAGCUGGGACAGCAAACAGAACAAUGUCUCACUCAUUCAAAUUGCCAAUGAGGAACGUAUUGCCCUCUUUCAGGUUGCACUUUUCAAGCCUGGGCGGACUCUGAGCGAUCUGGUUUCCCCAUCACUGAAGCAGCUCAUCGAGUCUCCUGACAUCACCAAAGUCGGCGUUUCAAUUAAAGCAGACUGCACGCGGCUGCGGAAGUAUCUUAGCAUCGAUGCCAAAGCCACCUUUGAGCUGAGCCACUUGUUCAAGCUAGUCAAGUUCGGCAAGGACAACCCAAAGCUGGUGAAUAAAAGAGGCGUCAAUCUGAGUGAUCAGGUUCGAGAGCAUUUUGGUCUUCCUCUUGACAAGAGUGAAGAUGUCCGCUGUGGAGACUGGGCCCGCGCCUUGAACUAUCAGCAAAUCCAAUACGCCGCUACCGACCCAUAUGCCUGUGUUCGUCUCUUUCAUACUAUGGAAGCCAAACGAUUGGCUAUGAACCCGAUGCCACCUCGUCCUGCAUUUGCGGAACUUGGUCAGCCCAUUGUACUUCCGCUUGGCGAAGCAAUCACCAGUACCGAGCAAGAGACACUGGCUUGA